CCAAAAUUUAAUUGGUUAUUUUUAUUUGUACAUGGCCAAGUUCCCAUGGCUAAAACAUUCGAUGCAGGUCUCGUGCAACAGAAUGGAAUAACGUUUCGAAUUAUGAAAAAACUAUAUUCCGUCCAGUGUUAUAGUCCGGUCACGUCCAAUGGUCCAGUUUUAUAA